CUCCCGACUGCAGCCUCUCCGGCCAGCAUGAGGCUCCUGGCGGCCGCGCUGCUCCUGCUGCUCCUGGCGCUGUGCGCCUCGCGCGUGGACGGGUCCAAGUGUAAGUGUUCCCGGAAGGGGCCCAAGAUCCGCUACAGCGACGUGAAGAAGCUGGAAAUGAAGCCAAAGUACCCACACUGCGAGGAGAAGAUGGUCAUCAUCACCACCAAGAGUAUGUCCAGGUACCGGGGCCAGGAGCACUGUCUGCAUCCCAAGCUGCAGAGUACCAAACGUUUCAUCAAAUGGUACAACGCCUGGAAUGAGAAGCGCAG